AGUCUUGUGCCCAAGCUCACGCAGCGCGGAACGGGAGGCCAAGUGGAGCAAGUCCUGACUACCCAGGCGGUCUCGCUGUUGCUGGCGUUGGGAGGAUGGCGACCGCCUUCGAGCCGAAGUGCACGCGGCACACCUUUGCCUUCAUUUUCCCACUGGCGUCAGGCCACGUUAACCCGUCGCUGCCACUGGCACGGGCUCUGGUGCAGAAGGGCCACGCGGUCCACUACCUGUCCUUCGACCAGCUCCGCGAGGCCGUGGAGGACACGGGGGCCACGUGGCACUCGGCCGUGGAGCACCAGACCGAGAUGUUUGGGAGCUCUUCGCGGGUGGACGUUCUGAAGGCUCGUGGCGAUUUGCUCGCGGAGGUGGGCCUCGAGGUCAAGUUCCUGCAUGUCCUUGGGGUCAGGAACAUCGUCCUCGAGCGCACCGUGCCAGGGACCGAGCGUUUCUUGCGCGAACUGCGGCCGGACGGGGUGGUGUACUGUCCCCUGUCCUGCCCGGACGCAAUGCUCGCCGCCAAGGUGGUCGGCAUCCCGUCCGCGUCGCUUAACACCAUAGCGGGCCCUGGAGCUUUGGCCACAGCUCUCAAGUCUGCUCUGAAGGAGGAGGGAGUGAGCAUCGACGCCUUCCGGCGCUGGGUGGACUCCUUCGGGCCCGACGCCGCGGCGGUGGGCCGCCUCAACGAGCGCUAUGGCCUCGGCCUACAGCCUGGGCUCGCCAUGCCUCUCGGCAAGGACAUCGGCGUCAGGUUCGCUGCCGUGAACCUGGUGACGACGACCGAGGACUUGCAGGACCCCAUGGCGCCCGAGCUGGCGAGGGCGUACGAGGCGGACGGCUCCAGCUUCGCCUUCGUGGGGCCCCUCCUGGACGCGGAGGGCGCACGCCGCGCGGCGGGGCACCUGUCAGCUCGCGCAGACGACGGCGAGGCACGGCUGGCGGGCCAUGGGGGCCCCACCUCCGCCGAGGUGCUCGAGAAGGUCCGCGCGGCGCACACCUCCGGCCGGGGGGUUGUGCUGGCGAGUAUGGGCACCGUCAUCACCGGUGACAUGCCAGGGCUCGGCUGGGACGCGCGCGCCAAGGGCCCGGACGGCCUGGACUAUGGGCUCACUGGCCGGGAGCUUUGCCAGGCGGCCUGGGGCGGCCUUUUCCGCGCCCUGGGCGCGCCCAGUGAGGGCGAGGGCCCGCUGCUGGUGGUGUCUGUGGGGCCUCAGGCAUCGCCGCUCGGGGACCUCGCCGCGCCGCCCAACGCGGUCUGCGCUCCGGUGGUGCCGCAGGUCGACGUCCUGAGGGCCGGGGUGGACCUCUUCCUGACGCACGGCGGCCAGAACAGCUUCACCGAGGCGCUGGCGCACGGCACGCCUGUCGUCGUCUGCCCCGGCUUCGGGGACCAGGUCGUGAACGCCGGCAAGGCCGUCGACCUCGGCGUCGGGCUCAAGGUGGACAGGCCCCGCCCCCCCGUGGAGGGGGCGGCCGCGGCAGCCGCGCAGUACGCGGCGGAGGUGAGCGAGAAGCUGCUCGAGGUGUGGCGGUCGCCGGCGCACCUGGCGGCGGCGGGCGGCUGCGCGGAGCGGCUGCGGCGGGCGGGCGGCGUGCCGCGCGCGGCGAGGCUGGUGGAGGAGAUGGCGGCGUGGCCCGUCGAGCAGCAGGCAGCCGUCGGCGGGGCCUGACGGCCUGCGCCGGCGGGGGGCGGGCGGUGCUGCAGCGCGCUUGGAGGCCCUGCAGCCCGCACCUUGUCUUUCCUGCAGGGAAGGCAUGUCGGGGAGUCGCAUCCCAUAAGUAGAGGGGGAUGCAUCACGUCCGCGUUGCGCGAUGCUGGACGCGCUAUUGGGCGCCACGGGGACGGCCAAUAGCCUCCGUGAGGCAGUACAGGUCCCUGCGCCCCGCGAUCUGUCCAGCUUUCCCCCCGGCUGGAGGCCCGCGGUCACACAGCGCGGGCGCCUCGCCGCGGCCUCCUCGGAGCUUGUUGCAUGCUUGGGGCUGCGGAUGUCAGCUGCGUGUCGAGUGCAGUGCGGUCGGCUCAGCUGCUCGUGGCUCCCCCUGGAGGGUACAGCCUCCCUCGGGAAUUCGACGGAUGGAUGGAGGACUGCCUCACAGAAGGUGAGCGCGGGGGUGCUUCCGGAAGCGCCAUAUGGAAGGCAUUCGUCGCCCAACAGAGAUGCGAGCGAAGAACGGCAGUGCCCCUCAGCCGCCAAGAGUCGGCCACGCGC